AUGCUCCUGCCGCUCCUGCGCACGCGCGCACCACAACUCCUCGCGCUGCGCCGCCUCGCGCCCGCCGCCGCGCCCGCCGCGGCGGUGCGCGCCUUCGUCGCGGCGCCGCGUCUGCUGCAGGCCGUCGCCGACGAGGCCGUGCCCGCCGCCGCCGUGGCGCCGGGCGCGGCCGUCGUGCACAAGAAGCCGCGCGCCGCACGCAAGCCAUCUGCUGCUGCCAGCGGCACCGCAGCCAAGAAGGCGCCGCGCGCCGGCACCAAGGCGGCCGCGGCGGCACAGCUGCGCAGCGACAGGGCCGCGGCCAGGGCGCAGAAGGCGCAGGACAAGGAGAAGGCCGCAAAGGAGAAGGCCAAGGAGAAGGCCGCAAAGGCCAAGGCGCGCGAGCAGCAGAAGAAGGAGGCCGCACGUGCAAAGCAGGAGCGGACAAAGGCCGCCGAGCAGCGCAAGGCGGCGCGCGCCCGGCCGUGGGAGCGCCGAGACGAGGCCGGCAAGCUGAUCCCGCUGCCGUCCGAGACGAAGCCCGUCAAGGUGCUGCCCUACGCGCUCUUCGUGGGGGAGCAGGCGAAGCUGCCCGAGAUUCUCGAGGAUCCGUCCGUGUACAUCACCAAGCCCGACGGCUCGAGAGCGCGCAGCCUGACUGCGAUCGCCAGGCACCUCUCGGCCAAGUGGAAGGCCUCUGAGCAGCUGCAGCAGUCUUACAAGGAGAGAGCUCAAGCGGCGCUUCCCGAGUACGAGCGCAAGCUUGAGGCGUGGCAGCGCAGCCUCACGCCCGACGAUGUGGCGCGGCAGCACCUGUACGCGCUGGCGCAGCGGCGUGCCGGCAAGACGAAGCGCCAGACGCAGACCGUGCGCGGCUCGGCCCAGCCAAAGAAGCCGUACACGGCCUUCUUCCUCUUCCUGCGCCAGCACCGCGCGCAAGCGGGCGAGAUGAAGGUGGUGGAUUCGGCGCGGCAGGCGGGCGAGCAAUGGCGUGCGAUGAGCGAGGCCGACAAGGCGCCCUUCGCCAAGGAGGCCGAGGAGCUGCGCGAGCAGUACGUGCGGGACAUGGCGGCGUACAAGCGGAACGCAGAGGCACAGUCCUGAGCGCCGGCGCGUGGCGCCGAGCCAGCCUCUCUUCCUCUUGCCUGUCUGCUUCGCAAGCACCACCACCACCACCUAUCCACUCAGCAUCUGAUAUCUCGCCUGGCUUCUCCGCGCUGCGCCGCGCUGCGCCGCACUCGCGCCACGCCCUACUCUCCUUUCCCGCACACCUCGUGCCAGGCUGCGUGCUGCUCGCGAGCCUCGCUGUCACGCUCUCGCCUCUCUCGCCGCGUGACUCAAUGCCCAUUGCCCACUGCUCAUGGAUCCC